AGGGGUUUUCUGUGGUGCAGGAAACAUCAACCAAACGAUUCAAGAAAACACACACAGCUGUUCGGACGUAGCUUGCAAGCUAAGUAUCUGCGACUCGGUUUGCCUGAUGGUUUCGGAAGAACCAAAUCUUCCCAACGCGUUUGUGAAAUUGUACUACAUAUUGCAGGAAAUGAAGCCAGCGAACACCGAGAAUGGUGUCCCUGUACUCCAUUCAGCAAAAGAGGGGUGCAAACCCAAGAAAUUCACCCCAGAUGAGGUACUGGUACCAAAUCCCAGCUUCAAAGAAAAUCAAGGAAUGAAAAGAAAGAUACAACCUGGAAGUUUAUCGAUAUAUGAAUUGGAACGGUUGGAAAAUAUCAGACAAAACCAAGUGUUCCUGUCCUCCAUAAAACUGCUUGAGGCCAAGCAGGAUUUGAAACCACAAAAAACACAGAGAGGUCUCAAGAAACAGAAACUAAAUAAGGUAGCCUGGACAGAGAUACUGCCUCCUCGCACCAAGUCCUUGAGAAUCCAGAAGAAGGAAGCAGAGCGACUCCCCCUGCCCCCGGAACCACACAGGAUUUAUUAUGAAGCUGAACGAAUUGAACGUGCCAGGAAGCCAGAGGGUCCCAUUAGUAUGGAGCCAAUCAACAUGGAGGAGGAUAGUUCACUGCCACCUGAGCUUCUCAAGCUGUGGACAGAGGAUUUAAUCAAAGAAGAAAAGGAGGAGUUGGGUCUGGCAGAGUACCGUAGUACUCUGAAGAGCAUGGAGCUGAGUGAGAUUGGAGGAGUAGUUAAGGUGGUGAAGAGUCGUAUCUGCUCUGUUGCCUUCCACCCGUGUAGCAGUCGUCUGCUCAUGGCUGCUGGGGACAAGUUGGGUGGAGUGGGGCUGUGGAACCUCGACUCUGAUAUGGGGGAUGAGGGCGUGCUGCUAUUUGAGCCACACGUCCGGCCGGUGGCCUGCAUGGCGUUCUCCAGGUCGCAUCCUACAGACCUGUUGACCCUCAGCUACGACGGGACGCUACGGAGCACAGACGUGGAGAAAGCCGUUUUUGAUGAGGUGUAUCGGAUCAAGGAUGGCUUGAGAACCUUUGACUUCCUUUCACAUGACUGUUCGACGCUGGUCACCGGGGACUGGUACGGAGACGUUGCCAUUGUUGACAGGCGGACUCCAGGAACCUCUCAUGAGUCCCUCCAUAGCCUGGAUACCAAGACGGUUCGCUGUGUUCACGUCCACCCUGUUCAGAAGCAGUACAUCAUGGUGGCUGAGAACAGUAUUGUGAGCAUUUACGAUGCUCGAUGUUUGAAGGCGUCGUGGAGCGAGCCAGUCUCCCAGCUCUAUGGUCACUCAAAGAGCAUCUCAAGUGCCUACUUCUCUCCUGGCACUGGCAACAGAGUAGUGACCACCUGCCUAGACAACAACAUCAGGAUUUACGACACCUCGGAACUGACCUCCAGAGCUCCGCUACUGACCUCCAUCCAACAGAACUUGUACACAGGGCGCUGGCUGUCCAAGCUGCAGGCGAUGUGGGACCCCAAGAGGGACGACUGCUUCGUUGUGGGCAGCAUGCAGCAGCCUCGCAGAGUCCAGGUGUUCCAUGAGAGUGGGCAGCUCCAGCACUCCUUCCAGGACCCAGAGAUGACCACCGUGCUCUCAGUCACAGCCUUCCACCCCACCAGGAACGCUCUACUGGGGGGUAACGCCUCUGGACGGCUGUACGUCUUCACCGACUGAGAGCAGGAGGCCUGUAUGUGUUCACUGCCUGAGAGGAGAAACCUGGGCCAUUGUUCACAAGACAUCUCAGAGUAAGAGUCCUGAUCUAGGAUCAGGUACCCUCCCUCUUAUUCAUUAUGAUCUGGAAGGCUCAACUGAUCGUAGAUCAGCACUCCUACUCUAAAAUGUUUAAUGUUACGGGCCCAGAACACGUGCUUAGAAUAGACCAAAAUAAGUUGUUUGGUUGUGUUUUAUGUUUUUCUCCAGGCUGCCUUUGCUAUUGUUGCACAUUGUUUUCUAUCAAAUUGUUGAUCUUUUGUUAGUUUAAAUAAAGUUAUAUAUUUAGCUGAAGUUGUGCUUUUCAUGUAGUUUAGCUCUUUCAUUGGCUGUAUUGUACCUGCAGUGAAUUUUGUGAUUGAUGGUUUUCUUUCAAAUAAAAACUACCAGAAUUCAGUGGCUAUAGCCCUACAAUCAAUAAAAUCAUGGCUAAAUACCA